AUCUGUCUCAUAAAAUAUUUUUUUUCAGGUCAGAUGUGAUCAAACAUGAAGAUUAGGCGUAGUUCUUUAGAACCUUUAGACUCCAACAAUAGAUUAAAAUAUAGACCCCUAGACCCUAAACUUGAGAAUAGACCCUUAGACCCUAAACUCAAGGAACGAGCUGCUAAAUCCAACCUCUAUGACCAAGUGAACCAGUCAAGUAGUUGUGUAUCAGAAACCCGUAGAAACCUGGGCCAACCCAGGGAACAAAACCCAAUACAUAGUGAAUGUAUAUUAAAACCAAGGCCCGGGCAUGGUGUUAGUAAAUCUAGUCCCGCCUAUAGAAGUAGUAAAAGUAUAAGUAAACCACGUCAUGAAGAUGGUAUUAGUAAACCACGUCAUGAAGAUGGUAUUAGUAAACCACGACAUGAAGAUGGUAUUAGUAAACCAUGUGUUACAUCAGGUAUUCCUAAACCUAUCCAAUCCUUAUUGCUAGUCCCAAGCCAGAACCCGGUCACUAAGUUUGCCACUCUGAUGAAAAAGUUUGGUGAAACUGAAUUAUCUUACCAGAAUCAGAAAACUUUAUCUCUUCAGGACUCACAUCAGAAUUCAGGGGAAACACCUCCCUUCAAUGUGGAGGGAAUUGAAGAAGAUGUUAAGUUAAUGGGAAAAGAUUCCCAAGAUCAAGGAUUCCAACUAAGUAUGGUUGAGGGUUUAAAGAAACCUGACUAUUUAGCCCCGACCCCGCCAGGAUCUGAUUAUGAGGAGCUGAAUAUAAGCGAUGCUUCUCCUGAAUUUAACUCCCUGACACACCCUGAUAUACUCUCACCACCACUCUCCAUCAGUUCAGGACUUGAUUUCCCACAUUCUCCUUUCCUUCCUCAAUACCAUGUUGCCCUGUCCCCCACCUCACAGAUCUCUAAAUCUCCAUCCACCCACUCUUCAAGGAGUUCUCCUUCUACUGUAGGGUUUAGUAGGCAUCUCUCCUCCUCUCCAAUAUCCACUAUCUCCUCAUCUCCUAUACCAGACCUCCUACCUACCUCACCUUUACCUCAGGAGUUCAGUUCAACAUCCUUUCAACACAACUCUCCCAUUUCUCAGGACCAACUCUCGUCUACCUCUUCCACUUUGGAAUUUAAUGAUGAGAUCUACAUUUCGCCUUUAACUGAAGCUGGACAAUCAGACCCUAUUGACGGUAUAAAAUUCUCAAAAUGCUCAUAUUCAGAUUAUACAAAUGCUUUAGUACAAUCAUUCGUUGAUGGAAAGUUCGACACAUUUACAAUAGUCGAGGCUAAAGAACAUGAUUUUAAGUUUUCCAAAUCCAAUGAGUUUCUUCUCUCCUCAUUGGGAAACUGUAUGAAUGAAAAGAUCCCUGAGGUUUUAACUCCUGAAAUCAAGGAGGAACCAGCUUGUAAAGUUUGUUCCUCCGCCCUGUGUCUCUGUACAGAACCUUCAAAGAACCAAUGUAACCCUGAUGACAAUCAAGAAAUCUGUGAAGACAAUCAUGAAGAUAGAAUAGAAACUAGGAUUGAAGGUUCUAAACUACCAGAUGAUAUUCCGACACUGUCCUCACUAGCAAAAUCAAGUCCCAAGCUCUCUACCUGGCGACAGACAAGAAUAGUUUCAGAAAAACUUGAACAACAUCUUUGGAUUUGGAGAUGUGCUUGUAAGAAGUCUGGGAAGAGAAUAUCCAAGAGUUUGCUGCAGGCUAGAGCUAAAUGGGCCUUCAGAAAAGCAGGAAUAUUAGAGUUUAAGGCUAGUGAUAGCUGGUACUGGAAAUGGUUGGCUAAAUAUAUAUAUAUAUAUACAUAUAUGUAUUUACAUCCUACAUGUAGGCUAGUGAUAGCUGAAAAUUCUGAGAAUGAAUCACAGCGCAAAAUUAUUCGGAAAGAACCAAUACUUUCUUUUCCGGCAGAUUUAUCUCGUUUUAUCCCUCUGGAGAAACCUGGAGAUCCUGCCCCUGCUCCUCAAGAGGAACAUUUCCCUUCUCCGCGAGAGGAACAUUUCCCUACUCCACAAAAGGAACAAUUCCCUACUCCGCGAGACGAACAAUUCCCUACUCCGCGAGAGGAACAAUUCCCUACUCCGCAAGAGGAACAAUUCCCUACUCCGGGAGAGGAACAAUUUCCUAACCGCAUAAUUCCCGUCAGAGAUAUUCUACCAUUAACCUUGUCAGGAAAUGAAAUAAUGCUGGCUCCCCACCAUACUGAUUCUAAUCUACCUAUCUCACCAAUAUUUAUUAAAACAGGUUUAAUAGAUACGCAACAGCAACAUGAACUCAUAGAGUACAGUAGUGGUAUCCUGGAAGGGUUAGAGGAGUUUCCAACCUUAUCCUCAGAGUUCCUCAACCUUGAUUCCCUGUGCAACUGGCAAGGCGAGAUAGAAGAUAUAGAUACAGAUACCCUAGUCAGUUCCCUGAGUACGAGCAGGGAGACUGUAUCCCGGGACGGAACUGAAUCUCCGGGUGCGGGGAAGAAUACACCGGGCAAAGGUUCGGAGAAACAUUCUCCGAGUAUUCCUGGAAACCCGGAGAUUAAACGUGAAACAUGUGAGCUUGAAUCUGGCUCAGUAGAACCUACAGAACGGGAACCUAGAACCCAUGUCACACCAGGAUUGGAACCUGAUGAGAAGGAAUCCUCUAGGAUAGAACCAAAAACAUUGGAACCUAGUAGACUAGAAGAAUUUAGCAGUGGCGAGGUGUGCGGUAUUCACUGUAAAAAGUUAAAACAGGUACAUGAUGAGAGAUAUCCCCUAUAUAUUGAUCCUGAAUUGAAUAAGCCGACCCUGACAACUAUUGCUGUGUAUAAGAAGAGGGGGGAGGAGAGCUUGAACAGGUUCAAGGAGGAAGUCAGGAAGUUUGCUGUCGAUCAUACUUUCAAGGAAACUGCUAAAAGGUUUGGUAUUCAUCAUUCGACAGUGUCGGGUUGGGUAAAAGAAUCUGAAAAACUUGAUAAAUCAUCGAGCAAUGAUUCUUUUUCAAGAGAACGAGGAGAUGAGAAGUUUAUUCAUUGGCUCAGAGAAUUUAGAGAAUCAGGAAAACAGGUUAGCCUGAAUGAAGCUAAGAAGAAGGUUACUGAGAUAUUACUAGAAUAUGGAACUCAAGAGAUAGAGAAAACCUGUAAAUGGUUUCUGCUCUGGCACAACAGACGCGAGGAGAGGUUGUAUGUAGAGGGUAUGGAGGAUGAGGAUAUUAAAAAAGAGACACAAAACCUGGCUUACCCUCCUGCAUUCAAACUAGAAGUUGCUCUGUUUGCUAAGAAGCAUAGUCAGUAUGCAGCUGCUAAAAUAUUCAACGUGGCAAGACGACGUAUUUUUGACUGGAUGCGUCAGAUUCCUAAGCUUGAAGAACUAAUUGCAAAAGGGCACAUGAAGAAGAUGACGGGGAGAGGACCAAAAAAUCGAGAUAUUGACCAGGCACUCUAUACUUGGUACUGCGAAAGGAAAGCCCGGGGUAACCGACCUAAAUCAUGUCAUGUCCAAUCUAAGGCUCGUGAGCUAUAUCUAACCUAUGAUAGUAACUGA